ACUGCCAAUGCCAUAGCUACCUACAAAAGGUGCCCAUCUUAUCUCUCUCUUCCUUUCUAGGGUUUUCAGAUUCUUCCAUUAGUUUCUUUUGACAGAGAAACUAACUAUUAUUGUAUACCUUUUCAUAUAAAACGUAUACCGUACAUAUAUAUAUUUAGAUUAGAUGUAUACGCGGUGGUGUUGAUUGAAACUACCUUUAUCUCAGAUUCCAAUCUUCACUUUCACGAAUCAUCAGAUCGGAUCGGGUAUAUUUGAACUUAUUCCACAACUAUUUUGGAGCUCGAAUUUGAACACUCUGAAUACUAAAAUCUGGGAAGUUUUCUUUUUACGAAAGAUCUGGCUUUGAAGGCCAAGGCGGUCUACUUAAAUGUUAUGCAAAGGCUGUUUGAGGAAUGUGAUUGUUCAAGCUGGGCAUCUAGGGGCAUUUCCGCAAAAGGGGUUGUUGCAAGUAAGCAGUACUGGAAAGAGGUCGAAUGAAAGCUUCAGCUUAACGACUUGGUGGAAUAGGCAUUUUAAAACAAGCUUAAGGAUGAUGGUUGAUACAGGGUCAUCAACGAAACAGGGGACCAUUAUUGAUAUGUUGCCAGAGAAAGAUGAAGGUGGAUUUGCCACUGGAGGAUGGAAAAGUGAAGAUGGAAAAUUGAGCUGGGGAUACUCAAGUUUCAGAGGAAAGAGAAUGACUAUGGAGGAUUUUUAUGAUGUUAAGACAACAAAGAUUGACGGCCGAACAGUCUGCCUGUUUGGAAUAUUUGAUGGACAUGGUGGAGCUCGUGCUGCUGAAUAUUUAAAAAGACAUCUUUUUGAGAAUCUCAUGAAGCACCCGCAAUUUAUGACAGAUACCAAAGCGGCUAUAAGUGAAUCAUAUAAGCAGACUGAUAGUGAUUUUUUGGAUUCCGAAAGGGAUACUUAUCGGGAUGAUGGCUCUACUGCUUCAACUGCAGUCUUAGUUGGUAACCAUCUAUAUGUUGCCAAUGUUGGAGAUUCACGUACCAUUAUCUCGAAGGAUGGACUAGCUAUUCCUCUAUCUGAUGAUCAUAAACCAAAUCGAAGUGAUGAGAGGAGGAGAAUUGAAAAUGCAGGGGGUGUGGUAAUGUGGGCAGGUACUUGGAGAGUAGGAGGUGUGUUAGCUAUGUCCCGGGCUUUUGGCAACCGUAUGCUGAAGCAAUAUGUUGUGGCAGAACCAGAGAUCAAGGAUUUAGAGAUUGAUGAAGAAAUUGAAAUGCUUGUGCUCGCAAGUGAUGGAUUGUGGGAUGUGGUAGCAAAUGAGGAUGCUGUUUCGCUUGCUCGUACAGAAGAAGAACCAGAGGCAGCAGCUCGAAAGUUAACCGAAGUUGCUUUCACUCGUGGCAGUGCAGACAAUAUUACAUGCAUUGUGGUAAAGUUUCACCAUGACAAAGCAGAAGCAGAAGCAGCAUCUACACCAGUCCCAGAAAAUGAUUGAAUAAAGGCAUGUGUAGAGAUGGAGCAACAACAUUAUGAGAGUAAAUGAUUCUAAUAAAAUACACAUGCAAAAAUGGCUGAUUUGCCCCAUGCUAAAAUCGAUUUAUUGUUUAUUCUUUGUUUUUGAUUUUUGUUUUUUUAUUAUUAAGCUUUAAAACCACCCUAUUGUGUGUGAUAAUGUUCCUUUGUAGCAUAGCAUCUAUCAAUUGCCUUUUUGCUUCAUAUGUGGGUCUUAUUGCAUGUGUCAUUGUCUUUAUGUUUCAAAAUAAAGCAUGAAGCUUUAUCAUUCUCUAUCUCUUAUCUGGUUACUAAUUUGAGUAGAAACAAUCUUGUGGCUACUGAUAAGGCCGUUAUGUGUAUUGAAGAAUUAUACAACGAAAUGAAUGAGAAUGAAUCUAUGAUAUGUUAUUAUUUUA